AUGAGAACAACUUUAUUCAAGGAACAUGAAGAUGAGGAACAAAAAGGAGCAUUUGCCGUAUGGGAUUGUGGAAGCCCAUUAUAUGACUCAUGUGAAUUGGUCUCACUUUCUCAUAUAAUUGAGAGGCAUAUGAUGGUGUCGCCUUAUCUUGGUGGAUCAAAGAAUAUCAUAACUACUCAACUCUCUGAUCCUGAUCAUGAAGUGAUGAUUUCAACCAGAAAUGCCAAAGGGUUUUCCAAGUUUACCGGUUUGAGUGAAUUUUUGGAGAAGAUCACGUGGAAGAGGAAGGUGAUAAAAGAGGGGAGGGGAAAGAAGCUCAAGAAAAUAAACAUUGGGUUUUCUUGCUUUUAUAAUCGAUUGGUUUGUGGAGGAAAUAGUGUACCCACAUGA